AUGACUUCAUAUCCUUGGGGGCGAAUCGCGGAUAUCUAUGGACGAAAGUUUGUUUUGGUGGUUACGUUGAUCAUUGCCUCCAUUUGUUCAUUAGUGUUUGGAUUAUCCAAUUCCUACACAAUGGCCAUCAUUGUGAGGUUCCUCAUGGGUGCUGGCAAUGGCACCAUGACAGUGUCAUUCACAUCCAUUUCAGAACUGGCAAAAGGUGAUAAGGAGCUCGAGACGAAGGGAGUUGGAAUGUUGAUAUCCAUGGUUGGCUACGGAAUGCUGGUCUGUCCAGCAAUCGGUGGUUUCUUGGCAGAACCACUAGCACAAUAUCCCAAUUUCGUUAUUCUGGGUGGAGCUUUGGAUGGACUCUUGACAAAGUUCCCAUUCCUUCUACCCAAUCUACUUGGCACACUCCUUUCACUCCUUAGCAUGUGCUGUAUAGUACUGUAUAUGGAGGAGACAUUGCCUUUGGAGCAGAGAAGGCACUGGAAACACGCAGGCUCGGAUCUUGUUCAGUGGCUGGGCAAUUGCCUUGUUGGCUGCUGUCCUCGGGCAUCUCAAGUUGCUGUAUCUGACGUGCAAGAUCCAGAGAUUGCCAAUGAGAAAACGCCACUAAACAACACGCCAGCACCAGCGCAGCAGGGAAAUUCUGUCAUGUCGAUUUUGAGCAAAGACAACACGCGUGCCUACUUGAUUUCUGCUUGGUGCAACCACCUGGCGAGUAUAACUCAAACUGAAGCUCUUCCUCUCUUUGCAAUGGCAAUCGUAGGAGGUUUGGGGAUGGAAGAGAAAACAAUUGGCUUGGUGGGGACUGUGGCCGGUCUCAUCUACUGUUUGGCCCAAUAUACGAUCUUCAGAGCCACAAUCAAGCGGUUUGGCGUGGUCCGUUCCAUGCAGUACGGAGCUCUGAUUGGUGGCAUAAGCAUGAUUCUCUUCCCUGCCUCCCUCUUCUUUCAUGGCUUUUCUCAGAUCUUCGUGUUGAGCCUCGUGAGCAGCACUGUUUCCAUUUCUAGAAGCAUUGUCAUGGGCGGCACCACCAUUGGAUGCAACCGUACUGUGGACGCGAGCAAUCGGGCGGCAAUGAAUGGAGUCAACAGCACGGGUACUGGGUUCGCACGUGCCCUGGGGCCCGUUCUCACUGGAUGGCUCAUGGCCUUUUGUCUGUCUGGGCGUAUGUUCCCUGCUGAGUGGGGUUCCUGGGUGGCUUACACGGUCCUUGUUGGUGUUGGGUUACUUGCAUACUGGUCGACUCUUCGGAUUCCAAGCGAUAUAUCGAGCGCUCCAUAA